AUGGCUUCUCAAAAAUCUCUCCUCUUGGGCACAUUGCUUUUACUAUUCUUAACCCUUGGCUCUGCUAGUAAUGGGCCAAUCCUGGGCCCUAUGAAAGCCCAAAAACAAGAAAAUGUGAGCCCACGGGCCGUUAUAACACCGGGCUUUCCAGUAUGGGAACUGCCCGAAUGCUAUUGCCCGAGCCACAGAUCACAAUAUCCUUGUCCAUAUGGAUGUAGGCCACCAGCCGGUACGGGCUGCCCAGCACAUAAUCAUCAUCAGCCCAAGCCCAAUACCAUAAUGGAUCAGCCCAAGCCCAAUGACAUAAUGGGCCAGUCCAAGCCCAAUACAAUAAUGGAUCAGCCCAAUACAAUGAUGGAUAAACCCAAGCCCAAUAUCAUAAUGGAUCAGCCCAAGCCCAAUGCCAUAAUGGAUCAGCCCAAGCCCAAUGCCAUAAUGGAUCAGCCCAAGUCCAAUGUCAUAGUGGAAAAGCACAAGCCCAAUACCAUAAUGGAUAAGCCCAAGCCCAAUACCAUAAUGGAUCAGCCCAAGCCCAUGGAAAAGGAAAUUAAGCAGGAUCAUCAGCCUAAGCCCAUGGGAAAGAGAAAACGAGAUGGUCACUAG